AUGCAAAUUCAAAACGAAGAUGGAUCUACUGGUUUGUUUAGCCAGAAAAGUGAGAUUGCUAUUGCACAUAAAGGAGCUUAUGACAAAGGAGCUUACAAAAGGAGUGACUACACCAAGUUAAUGUGUGAUCACUGCAAGAGGAAGGGGCACACCAAAGAUAAGUGUUGGGUUCUCCAUCCUCAUCUGAAGCCGGCUAAGAUGAAUGAACCUAGGAAGGCUAUGUCUCCAUCUGCUGCUGAUGACGAUGUUGUUCGUAAAUAUGAUCUUGAUGCCCUUAUCGAAAGCAUUGCUUCUCUCAAAGAAUCUGUGAUGUUUAAUCUUAUUGAUAAUGUUAAACCUGCAACUGGAAAUGUUAUCAUUGCUAAUGGUCAUGGUGUUCCUGUUAAAGGCAUAGGAAAUCUGAAAUUGUUUAACAAAGAUUCUCAAGCUUUCUAUAUGCCUGAAUUUACUUCAAACCUUUUGUCUUUCAAAAAGGCAACAAGAGAUCUUGAUUGCUUGGCUAUUUUCAGUUCUAAUGAAAUUUGGUUUCCGGAUAUUAAGACGGGAAAGACUAUUGGUGAAGGAUCAACAAAGAAGGAUCUCUAUGUUCUUGAAGAUCUCAAUCUUGUUUCUGCUUUCGCUAAUAAUUCUGUUUGGCAUGCUAGACUUGGUCAUCCUCAUACUAAGGCUCUUAGUAUGUUACUUCCUAAAAUUUAUGUUUCCACUCAGUUCAAUGCGAAAAUAACGACUUUGAAAACCGACAAUGGUGGAGAAUAUACUAGCAAUGAAUUCAAGGCGUUCACUUCUAAGCAUGGGAUUGUCCAUCAAACAACAUGUCUUUAUACCCCUCAACAAAAUGGUGUCUCUGAGCGUAAAAAUCGUCACCUUAUGGAAGUAGCAAGGAACAUGAUGUUUUACAAGAAUGUUCCAAAAACAUUAUUGGAGUGA